AAGCUGCUUCGUCGACGCAGCAGCCGCUGCAGCAACUGAUGCCGCAGCAGCUGCUGAAGUCGGCAGCUGCAGCAGCUGCUGCGGUGGAUGCGGUAGGGCUGCUGGUGUGA